UCUACGUCAGCGGCCGUUUAAUCGUUCAGUCACUAAAGUGUUCACGGUGCAUCGUCUCCAUCAUGGAAGUCGCUCUCACUUUCGGCAGUCUGGGUGACAUCAUCGCCGUCUGCCAGCUUGCCAUCCAGCUCGGCCGCGCCAUCGGAGUUGGAAGUGGGGCCGUUGGCAAUAGCGCAAAGGAGUACCAGGAUUUCCGCGAGGACCUGGAUUCCUUUGUCCGCAUCCUGAUGCAGGUUGUGGCGACGUACCAGCAGCACGAGCCUUCGCCCUAUCUAAACGGCCUCGACAGUACGGCAAAGUCCAUCAUCGACCAGUGCGGAUCCCUCAUUCAAGAUACCCUGGAGCAUGUCCAUCCGAAAUACCACGAUAGUCUUCGCGUUGCAGGGUCUGGAAAGAAAGUCAAGGACAUAUACAGGAAGGUUGAGUGGAUGACGAGAGAGACAGACCGCCUGCGCCAUGUCCGGGAAAAGCUGCAAGAUGGCGUCCAGAGGCUUUCGCUUCUGACCACCCUCGCUGCAAGGAAAUCUGCCCGAGUCGACAAUGCCACUUUAUGUGCCCGAAUCGAAGAAAUCAACCGGCUUGUGUCCAACACCUGCCACAGUCGGGAGGAGAUCCUUAAACUCCUGCGAGAUCAGGGCAGAGCAAGUGAGAAACAAGCCGACAAGCUCGAGGAUGUGAGCCAGCAGCUUGUGGUACAGGAAGAGAGUGGCCGGGAUAUUCUAGGAUUGGCCAAGGCCACGUUCUGCGGCAUCCUUGAAACAAAAGCGCUCCUUCUUCAGAUCUCCCAAACCGUUAUCAAUCUGCAGGUUAUGGCGUCCCACUCGAUAUACCUUCACCCGCUGGACCCGACUAAGGAGCUUCCGGUAGUCCUGGAGGACGCCCUUGGAAACGAACUCCCUCUCCCAGCUGAAUGGCUAGAUUCGUUGGAAUGGGAAGUCCUCUAUCAAUUGCUCACGGGCCGCUUUAAAGACCGUAAAGGCUAUGACAUGGUACUGAAGCGAGAAUUUGCCCUCGAAGACAGCUCAUCAGGGCGAGAUCUCGAUACAAAUCGCCCUCUUCACUUCUGCCUUCGACGAGGGAUGAAGAUCAACAUGAGCAUGGUCUUCGACGCCGCCACCGUGGUCGCUGGCGCUUGUCCACGAUGCCAUACGGUGACGGAUGCUCCAGAAGAUGUCACCGUUCAAUGCAUGAGGCCUGACUGCGGGAUGUGGUUCCGCAUGCAGAGUAUUGUUAUCGAGGCUUCGGAAACUUCGGAUACACUGCAAGGCUCCGAUGUCAAAUCUGUGCCCACUGGCCAGAGAUCGACAAUAGUGACAAGCAUUCCCGUCGAGCCGGCCGAUUUUCAAAGAGUGCGACUUCUUCGCCAAGAAACAUCUGGUUUGCAACCGGCCAGCACCCAAAUCGACAUGAACCUGGAGCCUGGGUCCCUCGCCCGCCACUCUCCGCUGCCUAUCACAGCUAGUGCGUCAAAGGGCGAGGGUGAAGAGUUCCGGACCAAUCCAUAUCCUGCCCCUCCGAUCUAUGGCCAACGAAAUGACGACAGCCCCUUUGCUCCAAACCCCCAGGGCUACAACCCCAACGGUUAUGAUCCGAGAUUUCAGUAUCACAGCACCAACGUCUAUUUUCAGCCUCCCUAUAUCAAUCCUUUCCCUCAAGUGGUCCCGCCUUUUGCACCGACAGCUAAUCCUCUUAAUUCCCGCUAUUACCGGGGUCCCUUUCCGUAUCCCGACCAUACCCCCCACAUACCCUCUCCACAUUUUAAUGGAAGCCCGAUGUAUUCUACAGCCCCUAGGAAUGACUAUAAUUAUAUAGCUGAGUAUGAAGACAUUUCAAGCACGGCCGCCACUGUUGGUUCUCAGUCCACAAGCUCAACCUCGUCCUCAGAGAAGGAGGUGAAGGGAAUGAAAAGGGAUCUGCGGAAGGCCAGACACAAUCGACAUCACGAGAAAUUGAGAAGGGAAAAAGAUUGUCAGCUCCCUGAGAAUAGACGUCACGAGGAAUUGAGAAGGGAAAGAAGGGAAAAAGAUCGUGAGCUCUUUGAGAAUAGACGUCACGAGGAAUUGAUUAGGGAAAUAUUACGUCAGCUCUCUGAGGAUAGACGGUGGUAAAAUUAUAUCGGGCAAGUUAUUACAAUAGGAAUUCGGAUAACAGGAUAGGAUUUCUGGAGCACCCAACACAAAAGCAACCGAGAUGGAUCCAAUAGGAAUCAGAGAAUGGUAAGUAUAAAGUAAUUUGGCCCCAGGAGGAAUACCCCAAUUUCCUAUCCUUCAAUCAAUAUGUAGGUGGAUGGGCUUUAUAUGAUGGAUCGGCACAAUUACCUGGACGAAUACAGGAGGGGCUCGCGCAAAUGGUAUACUUGUUGCAUCACAGACUCUCCACUGGUAGAACUUGGCGCAGUUUCUGCCGGACCGUCUGGAACAAUGGAGGAGUGGGGCCUCGUAGGAGAACCUUGUAGAGUAGGCAAAGGCGGACAAGUGGGAUUGGCAUAGCAGCGAUAUAUAAUGCAAUAGGUUGUGGGGUUGGCUCCGAAGCUAG